AUGUCGUCUGGACAGCCGAGUUCGUUAGUUAAACUGUCUCUGCCAUUGCAAUAUCAACAAAACUUGCUUAAUGAAUUACGAUCUGAAGAUGAGCUGGUCAUAUUAGCCCAAGGCCUAGGCUUGCUCAGAAUAAUAACCAAUUUACUCCACACCUAUGAUGCUGCUGGGAAUAAUCUGAUCCUCCUAGUCGGAGCUACAGAUCGCGAGAAUGAGUGGAUUGGUGAAGCACUGGCGGAACAUUAUGCCGUCAAUAAAUCCCCUUUGGCUAGAGGCCUUAAGGUCAUCAAUACCGACCGGGCUACUGUUUCAAUGAGGCAUAAGCUCUACUCUGAAGGGGGAAUCAUCAGUGUCACAUCGCGAAUUUUGGUUGUUGACCUGCUUUCCCGACUUCUUGACUCAAAGCUGAUCACCGGUAUUAUUGUGCUUCAUGCUGAGAAGCAAUUUAACAAGGAUGGGAUGCUCAAGGCAUUCUCAGAUACCCCAGAACCUUUCACAACUGGAUUUGCACCAUUGUCAAAUAUGCUACGGAACCUGUUCCUCCAAAAGACAUCUUUGUGGCCAAGAUUCCAGGUUACUGUUGCAGAGUCCCUAGAAGGCCACAGAAAAGCUGAAGUAAUAGAACUAGAGGUACCAAUGACUGAUAAGAUGAGAGAAAUUCAAAACGCAGUAUUAGAAUGCGUUGAAGUGAACAUCAGAGAACUCAAAAGGGCCAAUACCGGUCUUGAUCUUGGGGAUGACUGGACAGUCGAUAGCGCACUUCACAGAAAUUUCGAUGUUGCGAUUCGUCGGCAACUAGACCCGGUGUGGCAUCGUGUAUCCUUUAGAACACGGCAGAUCGUUAGUGAUCUAACAGUUCUUAGAUCUAUUCUUCAUUCUCUAUUAACAUUCGACGCCGUCUCGUUGAAUAAAUAUCUAGACACUGUAAUAAGUGCUCACUCUGCGCCUGCAGGGUCUACGAAACAAAAUUAUUCUCCCUGGCUAUUCCUUGAUGCAGCCCACGUGCUUUUUGAGAGUGCUAAGUCACGAGUCUACAGGAAAAAGACUCCAGUUAAGGAAAAUGCAUCUUCCUCUGACAUUUUCAAUGGGAUAGAACCCAUUCUUGAAGAGCAGCCUAAAUGGGCCGUACUUGCGGAAGUUCUCGAAGAAAUCGAGCGGGACACCUAUUUAAAUCCUUCUGCACCUGGCUCCUCCAACAAUGCUAUUCUUAUCAUGUGUGGUGACCAACAAACUUGCCGACAGAUCCGCGAGUAUCUUUCCACCAUGCAUUGUAGGGACAAAUCCCAAGACGAAAAUGAGGGUAAUGAGGAAGGCGUAACUCAUGAAGAUGACCAUAAGCCAUCGGCAGGUGCCAUGAUGCGAAGAAAAUUUCGAGACUACCUUUUCUGGAAACGGAAUCUCUCAAAUGUGAAUGAUCACUUGUACGGUGUUAAACCAAAAGGGAAAAGCAUUGGUGAAGUACCAGGCUAUACAUCAAUGAGCAGUGCUGCUCAAACCCACACCGGGAGAGGGCCCCCAAAUAAAAGACGACGCGUCCGUGGUGGUAGUUCUGCUGCGAGUACUGCUGGAGCUAGAAGACAAGCCCAAGGAAGUGUCCAGGUAGACACUGGAGAAUUUUCGGAAGCUCCAACCCUGUCGGAAGAAGCUAUACAGCAGGCCAUCCUAGAAGAAGUACAACAUAUUACCCUGGAAGAUGAUCUUGAAGAUAUGGAUAAAUAUUAUGAGCUUUAUGAUGUCAAUGACUUGUUAGUCGUCCACCAUUAUGAUGGAGAUAUGGACGAACAUGUUCUGGAGGAAUUGAGGCCAAGGUAUAUCAUCAUGUAUGAGCCUGACGCAGCAUUUAUUCGGCGGGUUGAAGUAUAUCGCAGUUCCCACCAAGACCGAAACGUCCGGGUUUAUUUCAUGUAUUACGGCGAGUCUGUGGAAGAACAGAGGUAUUUGAGCGCCGUUCGGCGUGAGAAGGACGCCUUCACAAAGUUAAUUCACGAAAAAGGGACAAUGGCUCUGAAGCUAGUCCAUGACAAAAGCCUCGAAGAUCCCCAAGAACAAUUCCUACGGACUGUGAAUACGCGAAUUGCAGGGGGUGGUCGCCUCGCAGCCACAGCGGCACCUCCCACCGUCGUUGUGGAUGUUCGAGAAUUUAGAAGUGCACUUCCAUCGCUGCUUCAUGGUCGCAGCAUGGUUGUGGUCCCGUGCCAGCUGACAGUAGGAGACUACAUCAUAACUCCAGACAUUUGCGUCGAGCGUAAAUCAGUACGAGAUUUGAUUAGUUCCCUAAAAAAUGGCCGACUGUACACCCAGGCGGAAACCAUGCUACAGCACUACUCUCAGCCGAUGCUCCUAAUCGAAUUUGACCAAAAUAAAGCCUUCACAUUUGAUGCGUUUACUUCUUCUGCUACACCCACAUCAUUUGUUGCAGACAACGCUACUAGCUUUGGCUCUGGUAAUAUGAUUAACCCAGCAAACCCCAGGUCAGCACAGCAUCUACUGGUAUUACUAACGCUAGCUUUUCCUCGAUUGAAAAUCAUCUGGUCGUCUUCACCCUAUCAGACAGCGGAGAUAUUUGCGGAGCUAAAAAAGAACAACUCUGAGCCUGAUCCGAUACGGGCGGUUCAAAUUGGCCUUGACUUUAAUAUCUCCGGCUCAGAUACGCCAACUGGUCAGCCUGCAGGUAUGAUUCCCGCAGCAGGGAUAGAACAUCGUGUAUUCUCUCUCCUGCCGCAAGAUAUGAUACGUGCCGUUCCGGGGGUAGAGCCAAAGGUCCUCGAGCGUCUUACUCUAGAGACCAAGAAUAUCCAUGAAGUAGCGAACAUGUCUAUCGAGCAGCUCGAGCCGCUGGUGGGUAAUGAAGCAGCAAGGAAGAUUUUCAGGUUUUUCACCCGCAGUGUGUUUGACAAUGAGAUGGCAUAUGAAUCUUGA